UUGUGGUUAUAAAUAUUUUAAGUAAACAAUUAAUUUGAUCGAAUCAAAACCCUUCAUCGCGGUUAAAAUUUAAUCUGAAUUUAAAUUGAGAAUUUAACAGAAACUUUUUUAUACGGAUUUAUCACCUACCAAGACGUAUUAAAACAUUUUGGGAAAAAAUCGAAAGGGUUAUUUUCAAGGUGUUUUGGUUAAACGAGAACAGUUUUUUUAGAUGUUUAAGUAUCCCAAUUAUGAAAAGAAUUCAUACGGACACGAAUGGAAACGCGGAAGAGAAAUUUAAAAUUAUUAAUGCUGAUGGACAUUAUACAGAUGUAGACAAAUCUAUUAGCGAGGAGGAAGAGGAAAAAGUCUUGCUAGAAGAAAUGAAGCAAGACGAAAAAACAAAACAGAAAAUUCAUGAAUACAUAGAGGGCUUUACUGUUCAUGGCUUGGCGAAGAUUUUUACAGGAAAUCGAGUUGAAUCGAUUUUUUGGGCAGUUAUUGUUGCUUGUGGCUUGAUUCUGACUAUAAGCGUUACACAAGGUUUAUUUCGAAAGUAUUUACGCUAUGAAAUAUAUACAGAGGUAAAAUCGCAAGUUACCGGACAGAAUACAUUUCCCACGUUGACGAUAUGCGAGGAUAAAUUUUUCAAACAAACUUAUUUUUCAUUCUGUGGGGAGUCUCUUUUCAGCAACAGUUCUAAUCCAGAUUGUAAAAAUAUAAACGAUUACAAAGUACCAUCGGCUUUGAAAUCUGUACCUGGAUCGUACUGGACAAAUGGAUUUUUCAACGUAACCGCUUGUGAUAGCUGGGACGGCAAGAACUGCAUAUCCAAUGCUUAUUUUAAAUCUGUUGUGCAUCAUAAUAAUUCGUGUAUACAAUUCAACUGGGACGGCACAGCACAUGAUCUUUAUAGCCAUUUUGUACUUCGUUUUGAAUACAUCCCUCCGGCACAUCUGGCACAAGAUACCCCAAGUAUUGUCGUUAUUCCGCAUGACUCGCGUCUUAAUGAAAUUGACUUGACAAGCACAAUUGCGAUUGAGCCGCAUAAAAAGUAUUACGUCGUCAUGGAUAAAACCCAACACAAGCGUCUGCCGUCGCCGUAUUCGUCGAACUGUACAAACGACAAAGUCGGCGAUAUUUUUCCUGGUAAAUACGGUCGACGUCAGUGUAUAGAAUCAAAUGUUUACGAACGUGUGUACAAAAAAUGCGGCGCUGUGGUUGACUACAUUCAGCAGUUUUUUUCGCCCGAGUUUAUCGAGAAAUACAAACGAAACUACACGAUCGAUAAGUUACGAGAAUGUAUUAUUAAAUUUCGUGUCAUUGACAUGUCGACGCAAAAAUACGAUUGUCCAUUUCCUUGCGAUGAGUUGGAAUUCGGAAUGGUGACAAGUUUUACGAAUCUGGCGAAAACGUCGAAUAAGUUUGUUUACACCAUGGAUUUAAACUAUCGUAUCGUUGAUAUGUAUCGUAUUUACGAAGAGAAAGCUUUGUAUAAUUGGGACCAAAUGGCUGCAGAGAUUGGUGGAUUCAUCGGACUUGUGAUAGGUGCUUCGAUUAUCUCUUUUGUUGAAAUACUUGUAUGUUUAGCUAUCCAUACAUAUUCAAAAUGGCGGCGUAGCAAUCGUAAUAAAAACAAAAAUUCUAGUUUUUGCUUGCAAUGCAAAAUGAAAUUGACGAAGGACAAAAACACGACGAAUGGAGAGGAUGUUUUUCUAUGAUAAUGAGAAUUCCUUUUUGUAUGACCAUAGCAAGCAUUGCAAUGCAAUUUUACUGAGCAUUGCUAAUUGCUCUUUUUGUUAACGCUUUUUUAUAAUAAUAAUUUUCUCUGAAUCAA